AUGGUAGCCCACGGUGACAUGAUGAUGGACAUGGCCAUGGCCACAGCAACAUCCACAGGAGCCAUGAGUUCGAGUACUGCAUCACACUCAAUGGACAUGGGAGGUAUGCACGGCGGCUCAAACAGCUGCAAGAUCUCAAUGUUAUGGAACUGGACUGUCAAAGACGCCUGUUUCCUCUCCAAACAAUGGCACAUAACCUCCAAUGGCAUGUUCGCCGGCUCCUGCAUAGGUGUUAUCCUCCUUGUAAUCUGUCUCGAAUUUCUCCGUCGCGUCGGCCGCGAAUAUGACGCCUUCAUUCUCCGUCGCGCCCGUCUCCGAGCCCAGUAUCUCACCGUCCAAUCCCAACCGUCAACUCCUGCUGCAACCUCAGAUGCAGAAGAUGCCACCGCGGGCACAAAAGCCUCUUCAUCCGCGCAGCCUUCCGCGGUAAAGGCACCCAAUUGUCCGGCCGCUGAUGUCCCCGUCCGACCUACUCUCGUCGAACAGCUGAUUCGCGCCCUGAUGCACAUGUUGCAGUUCGCCGUGGCGUACUUCAUCAUGCUGCUGGCUAUGUACUUUAAUGGGUACAUCAUUAUUUGUAUCUUUAUUGGAGCGUUCUUGGGAUCGUUCCUGUUUACUUGGGAGCCGUUGCAGUUGGGCAAGGAGAAUGAUGCCCUCGCUGUGACGAAAUGCUGUGGUUGA